UAAAAGGUAAAAUUAGGUUCGUUUGGGUUCAAUUGGGCGAAGGGGAGCGUUACUAAAAGAUAUCGUUGUCGAAGUAAAAAGAAUAUUAAGAUUGCUCCGUUUAACAAGAGCAGUGGGUCCCACUUUCCGACAAUCGCGUAGAGGGAAGGAAAAGGGGGGAACUUUUGCGCAGACUGAAUCUGGAAGAAGAAAGAAGAAACUGAAAUAUCUCUAAAACCUCGAGUGAUGGCGGUGCUUCGGGUUGUAUGAUUUCACGAUUUUUUUUUUUUUUUUUUUUAUCAAUUUGGCGGAGUAAUUUCAAAUGGAAAUUCCUGGUAGACGAUCGAAUUACAGUUUGUUGAGCCAAACUCCGGACGAGCCACUGUAUCAUCAGCCGCCGCCGCCGCCGCCUCAACAGUCGAAAUACUCCGCUGCAACCGGCGGAGCAGUUGCGCAACAGCCUUACUACUACGAACCCCUAUCCGCGGAGAAGAAUAAGUUGAAGUCGGAAAGGGCGGCGGCCUUCGAUUGGGACGCGAUUGAUCAGAGAAUGAUGCAGGCGCAGCCGCAGCAGAGCCGGAUCGGAACGGCGGCGUUUCCGAGCUCGUUCGGGUUGCAGAGGCAGUCAAGUGGGAGCAGCUUCGGUGAGAGCUCGAUCUCCGGAGAUUAUUACAUACCUUCGCUGUCGAACCCGGAGGUAGGUCUUAGUCAUUUAAGUGACGGCGGCGGCGAAUUGAGGGUUAAGGCGGCGGAAACGUCUGGUAGAGGCGGCGGAAGCUCGUCUUCUUCUAAAAGCUGGGCACAGCAAACGGAGGAGAGUUACCAGUUGCAGUUGGCUUUGGCUCUUCGUCUUUCCUCAGAAGCUACGUCUGCUGAUGACCCUAAUUUUUUGUAUCCAGUGCCGGAUGAAUCUUCAUCCCUUGCUUCUUCUGCUGCCUCUGCACAGGCCAUUUCUCAUCGAUUCUGGGUAAAUGGCUGCUUAUCAUACUACGACAAAAUUCCUGACGGGUUUUACUCCAUUCAUGGGAUGGAUCCAUAUAUAUGGGCUGUGUGCUCUGACCUUCAGGAAACUGGUCGAAUUCCAUCCCUUGAAUCAUUAAAGACCGUUGAUCCUGCCACUCUGUCUUCAGUUGAAGUGAUUUCCAUAGAUCGACGAAAUGACCCCAACUUGAGAGAGCUGCAAAAUUGGAUACAUACUGUGUCAUCCAGUAGCAUCACCACCAAGGAAGUUGUUGACCAGCUCGCAAAGCUAGUUUGCAAUAAUAUGGGGCGCGCAGCUUCUAGUGGGGAAGAUGACUUAAUUGCCAUCUGGAAAGAAUGCAGUGAAGACUUAAAAGAUAGCUUGGGCUCUGUUGUGCUCCCUAUUGGCAGUCUGUCUGUUGGACUAUGCAGACACCGUGUGUUGCUAUUUAAAGUUUUAGCCGACUUUAUUGGCUUACCAUGUCGAAUUGCCAAAGGAUGUAAAUAUUGUACUCGAGAAGAUGCUUCCUCUUGUCUUGUUCGGUUUGAGCUUGACAGGGAAUUUCUUAUCGAUCUGGUUGAGAAACCAGGAUGUUUAUCUGAACCUGAUUCUUUGCCGAAUGGCCCGUCUACAAUCUCAAUUUCUUCUCCAUUGCGUUUUCCACGAUUCAAGCAGAUGGAGCCUGCAAUUGACUUCAGGCUGUUGGCAAAACAGUAUUUCAUGGAUUUUCAAUCACUUAACAUCACAUUUGAUGAAUCUUUAGCAGCUGGAACUGUUGAUGGAGAUACGGAUGAGUCCAUGUUUCCUAAACAAGCGGACAUGACUUAUGAAGAUAGAACUAGCUACCCUCCCGGAUCAGGCAAUCGAGAAGAAGUUUCCAGUAUACCACCUUUACCCACAAAUUCCUGGAUUAAUGUUGAUGGUAAAGAAUUACUGCUUCAAAAAUUAUCUAAUCACCUGAGUGUUGUGAACUCCACAGAUAUGGUCAAAGGCUCAGUACCUUUAAAGCUUCUUCCUCCAAUGGGGCAUAAAGCUGUUCAGCCACUUGUUGUGCAGUCUGAUCCAAGAGGAAAUACAACUAAAGAUAUGAGGUUUGGUGAAGGAGGUUUAUUAGGCCCAUCUAAAUCAAGUGGAGAACUGGCCUUUGAUGUUGAAGAUCUCAACAUUCCUUGGAGUGAUCUAGUUCUGAAAGAGAGAAUUGGGGCAGGUUCUUUUGGCACAGUUCAUCGUGCUGAAUGGAAUGGCAGUGAUGUUGCCGUGAAGAUUCUUAUGGAACAAGAUUUUCAUGCAGAACGAUGCAAGGAAUUUUUACGAGAGGUGGCAAUCAUGAAAAGAUUGCGGCAUCCGAAUAUUGUGCUUUUGAUGGGUGCUGUGACGCAGCCGCCAAACUUGUCCAUAGUAACAGAAUAUUUAUCAAGGGGUAGUCUGUAUAGACUUUUGCAUAAGCAGGGAGAAGUCUUGGAUGAGAGGCGUCGAUUGAGCAUGGCUUAUGAUGUGGCAAAAGGGAUGAAUUAUCUUCAUAGACGCAAUCCUCCAAUUGUCCAUAGAGACUUGAAGUCUCCUAAUCUUUUAGUUGACCGGAAGUAUACCGUGAAGGUCUGUGAUUUUGGCCUUUCCCGUUUAAAAGCAAACACGUUUCUUUCAUCCAAGUCUGCUGCUGGAACUCCUGAAUGGAUGGCACCUGAAGUCCUCCGUGAUGAACCAUCAAAUGAAAAAUCAGAUGUUUACAGUUUUGGUGUGAUUUUGUGGGAGCUGGCGACCUUGCAGCAACCGUGGUUUAACUUGAAUCCCGCUCAGGUUGUAGCUGCUGUUGGUUUUAAAGGAAAAAGGCUCGACAUUCCAAACGACAUGAAUCCUCAAGUUGCAGCUAUAAUUAUAGCCUGCUGGGCAAACGAGCCCUGGAAACGACCCGAAACGACCCUCGUUUUCCAGUAUCAUGGAAUCUUUGAGACCGCUGAUUAAAUCACCCUCAGCAGCUCAAUCGAGUCGUGCUGAAAUACAUUCUCUGACGUGACAAACACUUUUGGCAAUCGCUGAAGCUCAUUUUUUUUGUCUGAUGACAUUAAGUUCUAAUGCUCCAGUUUCUGGCAGGAAGGCCUUUCAGAUUAAGGUGUUCCUGUGUGCGCAACCGAUGUUGUUCAAGAAGCUACUGUCAUUCUUAAGGGAUGGUUAGAAUUUGCUAAGCCAAUUGUUUAGCCCAUGUAAAAUCAAUUGAUGCCACAAAAUAAGUGUAUUCAUGUAAUAAUCAGUUAAUACAUUCUGUAUUUUAUGUGCAUUGUAGCAAAUGGACUUUGAUUCAUAUAAUCAUUUUUUUAUGUUUA